GUUACUAACUUCCUUAUGAAAGCAGAGGAACGAGUUACUACUAGCGAGGACACUACAGUACGCGCGCAAAAGGUCUGCACAACUGAAGUAGUUUCACCUGCGGUUAAGAUCGUGCGAUCCUGAAAUAACUUCAAUGCGCCCUUGUCGCUCUUUUGAGAAUAACCGCAAUGGGAGCCUCGCAGUCUGCGGGCACUGAACAUGAGUUCCAAGAGCUGGCUGACCGAACUGGAUGUAAGUAGCCUGGGCUAUAUUAUACUCAAACGACGGUUUUAUUUCAGUUUCUAUGUGAUUAUAAUCAAAUGCAAAAUAACUCUUAAUAAUUAAUUAAUAAAUAGCCUAUACUUCGAUGAAUGGACAAAUACACUACACAACCAAAAGUAUGUGGACACCUGCUCGUCGAACAUCUCAUUCCAAAAUCAUGGGCAUUAAUAUGGAGUUGGUCCCCCUUUGCUGCUAUAACAGCCACUAGAUUUUGGAACAUUGCUGCGGAUACUUGCUUCCAUUCAGCUACAAGAGCAUUAGUGAGGUCGGGCACUGAUGUUGGGCAAUUAGGCCUGGUUCGCAGUCAGCGUUCCAAUUCAUCCCAAAGGUGUUCGAUUGGGUUGAGGUCAGGGCUCUGUGCAGUCCAGUCAAGGUCUUCUACAUCGAUCUUGAAAAACAAUUUCUGUAUGGACCUCGCUUUGUGCACAGGGGCAUUGUCAUGCUGAAACAGGAAAGGGCCUUCCCCAAACUAUUGCCACAAAGUUGGAAGCACAGAAUCGUCUAGAAUGUAAUUGUAUGCUGUAGCAUUAAGAUUUUCCUUCACUGGAACUAAGGGGCCUAGCCCAAACCAUGAAAAACAGCCCCAGAUCAUUAUUCCUCCUGCACCAAACUUUACAGUUGGCACUAUGCAUUGGGGCAGGUAGCGUUUUCCUGGCAUCCGCCAAACCAUUGCCAGAAGGUGAAGUGUGAUUCAUCACUCCAGAGAACGCGUUUCCACUGUUCCAGAGUCCAAUGGUGGAGAGCUUUACACCACUCCAGCCGACACUUGGCAUUGCGCAUGGUGAUCUUAAGCUUGUGUGCGGCUGCUUGGCCAUGGAAACUCAUUUCAUGAAGCUCCCGACAAUCAGUUAUUGUGCUGAAGUUGGUUCCAGAGGCAGUUUGGAGCUCGGUAGUGAGCGUUGCAACCGAGGACAGACAAUUUGUACACGCUACGCACUUCAGCACCUGGCGAUCCCGUUCUGUGAGCUUGUGUGGCCUACCACUUCGCGGCUGAGCCGUUGUUGCUCCUAGACGUUUCCACUUCACAAUAACAGCACUUACAGUUGACCGGGGCAGCUCUAGCAGGGCACAAAUGUUACGAACUGACUUGUUGGAAAGGUGGCAUCCUAUGACGGUGCCACGUUGAAAGUCACUGACCUCUUCAGUAAGGCCAUUCUACUGCCAAUGUUUGUCUAUGGAGAUUGCAUGCCUGUGUGCUCAAUUUCAUACACCUGUCAGCAAAGGGUGUGGCUGAAGUAGCCAAAUCCACUAAUUUGAAGGGGUAUCCACAUGCUUUUGUAUAUAUAGUGUAGCAUAUCUAGAAGUGCCUCAUCAUUUCAUAUUUUAAACUGGAAUUAUGAAUUGCAUAAUCACAUUACUUUGUGGUCAGUCUUCUAGUCAGUCUUCUGGAGAGCACAACAUAAGAUGCUGUAUUCCAACUGUUUUCACAUGAAUAGACAAUACUUGGAUUGUCCUUCUGUCAUUCCAUUGGAAAUCUGAUUAGAAGGUGGUAGGUAAGGACAGAAGGAAAACUGUUUAAUGAGCCAGUUGUAUAGAAUGGCAUGCCACUUGCCAAUAUGGUUCCAUAAUAUCUUGCAUGGAACCAUUGUGAAAUCUGUUAUGAAUGUAUUCUAAUGUUUUAAAAUGUAUAACUGCCUUACUUUUGCUGGACCCCAGGAUCCAUAAUAAAUACAAAUACAAAUAUGUUGUCUACAGCUUACUCUAUAGUCUGAUGUUUUAAAUUUAUAGUGAAAAUAAGACAAUUAUCAUUUGUGAUUUCAAUAUUACACUGUCAAUUAUGUAUUAAAAAAUUAAUUGACAGUCAAACAAAUAUCACACUAUUUUUGGAAGUGAUAAGUUUUCCUUCCCUUCAAAGUAUAAAAAGUGGAUGAUUUACACUUAAUUACUCUAAUGCUGCAUGACACACAGGUUUGAAGCAGUUGCAAGGUGUUUGGAACAUUGAUCUGUUCAUCUUAUCAGCUGGCUGCUUUCAUAAACGGGAUGACUGUGAUUGUCAGAAGAGACAAUAAAACAAAACUGUUCAAUAAGACAAAACAGCUAGUGUGUAGAGAGUUUAAUAAGUAAAGCUUGUUGGUUAUGGAGUGUCAGUUUACUCAACCUGCGAUGCUAAAGAAACUUCUAUUUGGUAAGUGGUACGGAGGUAUUUCAACUUAAGUUUAUUACCAUGUGUGUAAAGUGGGAAUGGAGACCUUGACAAUGCAUGCACCGCCACCUACAUAAAUCUGUACACCUGCCUGUGCAAAGUCUAGUUUGUGGUAGGCUAUUGUUCUGUGGUUACUGAAGCACAUUCACCUAGAGUAGUUGUUGUUCCUGUAAAUACCCAUGUGGGUAUGUGCUCUUAACAGGCACUGAGGGCAAAGCAAGUUCCUCCUUUAAAAUAAACACAAACUGUGGUUCUAUAACUGUAUCUAGCAACCAAAACAUUCAAAUGCUCAUGUGAAAACAAUUCCCCACACAGAAGUCAAUAAUUCAAAGUUCCCUUUGAAUGCAAAUAUAAUCACACCAGUGUGUUUGUUUUUCCGUCAGGCUGAUUGUGUUUUUUUAUCAUCAGGCUGAUUGUGUCGUAAGCCCAUUGUUGUCACAGUUCUGAACAGGUUUAUCUGUUUUGUACCUGUUUGCUACAGUUCAUUGACAUGUUUUGCAUUUCACAACCGAUAGAAUCCAGAGGGAAAGAAUGAAAAAUAAAUUAUGUGCAAAGAUUUCCAACCAGUCUAGGAGGGUGGUGUAUCUGGAAAUAGAAUACUCUCAAGUUAUUAGGACUUGAAGUCUUAAGUCUUAAAUUGCUCACUACUGUUAAAUUGCAAAUGCUAAUCUGCUCCUCUAAACCACUGUGAUUGUUUUAUUUCAGUUUCCCUGGAGCAGAUUGGCAACCUCAACAAGAGAUUCAGACAGCUGAGUAACAAUGAGGAGACACUAAGGUAUUGUCACCAACGCCCUCAUACAGUCCACCAACGCCAUCAUACAGUCCACCAACGCCCUCAUACAGUCCACCAACGCCAUCAUACAGUCCACCAACACCCUCAUACAGUCCACCAACACCCUCAUACAGUCCACCAACACCCUCAUACAGUCCACCAACACCCUCAUACAGUCCACCAACACCCUCAUACAGUCCACCAACACCCUCAUACAGUCCACCAACACCCUCAUACAGUCCACCACACCCUAUACAGGACCAACCUCAUACAGUCCACCAACACCCUCAUACAGUCCACCAACACCAUCAUACAGUCCACCAACACCCUAUACAGUCCACCAACACCCUCAUACAGUCCACCAACACCCUAAUACAGUCCACCAACACCCUUAUACAGUCCACCAACGCCAUCAUACAGUCCACCAACGCCAUCAUACAGUCCACCAACACCCUUAUACAGUCCACCAACACCCUCAUACAGUCCACCAACACCCUCAUACAGUCACCAACACCCUCAUACAGUCCACCAACACCCUCAUACAGUCCACCAACACCCUCAUACAGUCCACCAACACCCUCAUACAGUCACCAACACCCUCAUACAUGACAUGCUAAAGAAAUGUAUAUUUGGUAAGUGGUAAACUUAAGUUUAACAGUAAGAAUGGAGACCUUGACAAUGCAUGUGCUCCCACCUAUAUACAUAUGUACACCUGCCUGCACGGAGUCGCAUUAAGAAAAAUCAGCCUUGUUUACAAGUUCGAAUCUACACCUCGAUUAGGCUGAUAGAAAUCCUCAUCAUUUUCUUUAAUGAUUUUAAAUUUGAGCGUCAUUAUUUCUAUAUAGUCUACACUUUCUCGCUCUGAACUUCUAACAUUAGUGGGAUGGGUGUGGCUUCGUGACAAUGAACAAGAGCAGCUGCUCAGUAGUUCCACCUCCGACACCUUCACAAACAUCAGCUACGCGGGUGUCGGCUAUCGCCAGUUAACGCAUGAUCUGAUUGAACCUAGGCCUAAAAUAGUGCCUGCUAAGUCCUUUUGAAUGUGUUGUAUUGUGGGUAUUUAUGUUAUGGCCACACACAUAUAGACACACACACACACACAAUCACUCAUCAUUGGCAGGUUGCCUUGCAUAGUGACACGGUGAUAGAUUGCACAUGCCUUCCCUUUAAAAAGAAACAGGGAGUAUACAAGUAUUUAUUUUGAUAUUUAUUACUGUACUGCAUUUAUAUAAUAUGUGUUGACAGAACAAUAACCUUGACCUUUAGAAAAAAGACGCCCUUUAACUUUGAUUAAUAUAGGUAAAUAACUAUUAUGUCAUGUUUUCUGUUUUGUUGUUGACUUGUUACUAAUGUAUUGUCAUGUUUUGUUGUUGACUUGUUACUAAUGUAUUGUCAUGUUUUGUUAUUGACUUGUUACUAACGUACUGUCAUGUCAUGUUUUAUGUUUUGUUGUUGACUUGUUACUAAUGUAUUGUCAUGUUUUGUUAUUGACUUGUUACUAACGUACUGUCAUGUCAUGUUUUAUGUUUUGUUGUUGACUUGUUACUAACGUAUUGUCAUGUCAUGUUUCUUCUGCAGUCGAGAGGAUUUGGCCAGCAUCCCUGCUCUAGAUAACAAUCCAAUCCGGGCUCAAAUUAUUAAUGCCUUCUUUGAUAAAAGGUGAGUCAAAGUGCAAUAUUGAAAAUAUUGAAAUCACUCAUGCAAUGCAUCUUUACUGCCAUUAACUGUUAUAACCAAGUUAUUACACAUAGACAACAGUUUUGUUCAUGAAGUAAUCAGUGAUGCUGUCAAGGCUUUAGUCUUGAAGCAUGUUCAGCGCAUGGCAGUCUCAGUGAAUUGCCAUGUAACUGUAACUCUAUGCCUCUCUAGUGGUUUGGUUAAACCAAACUGAACCCUGCCCUCACUGGUAGGCCUGGUUUAACCUGGUAAAUGCCUCUCUGUGUACCUGAUACAGAAACCUCCAUCAGAAUGAGGCAGGAACAGUCCAGGAGAUUGGCUUUGAGGAGUUCCUCAUGGUGAUGUCUCACUUCCGCCCAGCAGCCAUGGGCAUAACAGAGGAGGAGAGGGAGAACCUGAGGAGGGAGAAACUACAAUGUGAGUUUGGUUUGGUCAUGAGUAAAGUAACCUUGUCUAAGACUUGUGUUAGUACCCUGGGCUAAUGCCUUGGCUAAUACCAGAUUCUGCGUUGCUAUUCUAAGGGCUAUUCUUCAAGCCUAGAUAGAAUCCUAACAACGUUUCAGUUCAGUAAUCAUACUCUUGUCUAGAAUCUAAAUAGGGCCUAAAGUGAACCAGUCAGUCUGUCUUGCUCCUCAUAAUCAUAGCUGCAUCUCAGAGAGCCAAACAUUUUUCUAAUCAUUCAUUACUUCCUCCUUGCUUUAGUCAUAUCCUUCCCCUGAACAACGAUAGUAGAGACCCUUAAGUUACACUACCUUUGGGGAUAAAAUAUUUGGUAAAAAAACUAUUUAGCUUAUUCCUCUUUACUGUGUCUGUUCAGUUCUGUUCAACAUGCAUGACACAGACAGCGACGGCACCAUCACCCUGGAGGAGUACAGACGGGUAAGGCCUCCCUUUACUACUCUCUCCUCACCAUAGUCCUCCAGGCCCAGGGCCUGUAUUCACAAAGGGCCCGAUUCAGACUUAGGAAAUGUACGCCUUUCCUAGACACUUCUCAGUAGUUGGUAUUCACCUUAUGCAGGUGCGUAGCGGGCUUUGCAGGCGUGGUUCCCUUGGCGCGCUGAAAACCCUCCCACUUGCUGGCCAACAGAUUUUCUUGUGGAGUUUUCAUUCAAUAGGUUUUUCAUUACAUUUAUCUAAAGUCAUCCCUUUAAAUUUGGUGUAGGCCUACCUUUUAAUUUGAAUUUUCUCGACAGACUCACUAGAAUAUAUGGCGAGAAUGGUUCAGAAUAUAAGAGAUCAAUUAAAGAAAGAUAUGUAAAUACAAACAUAUUUGUCUCCUUUUCAGCACCAAUUGGUAGAUUUAAAAAAAAUACUCUGAUCUUGUAUAUUAUUUAGGGUUAGGAAAGUAUUUAUGAAUAAAAUAAAAAACACAGUGGUUUGAUUCAUCCUGAAAGUUGCCAUAUUCAAUUGUUCAAUCCAUGAAAUAUUGGAAGGUGAGAACAAUGUACAAUAGGGGUUGAACAGUAGUCCUAUAGAUCUAUCCUAAUAAUCCUCACUAAUCAUGGAACUGUCAUGACAACGGUCCAGUCGUUACGGCUUACUCAUUUACCUAGCUCUUAUCAAUAGCUCUUAUCAAUCUGUAAAUUACAGUGCAUGGAGAAUGGUGUUAUUUCUAUCAGAAAAAAGAAAGUAGAUGUUGUUCCACUUGGAACCGACAGGUUACUCGACCUUAUUCACAGUUUCAUCGCACGUAAAAGGUGGUGGAAUUCUGAGGGAAUGAAGUCAAGGUCAGAAUAGGGUGUAUCUGUAGACACCUCAGCCAAACCUUCAUUUCUUUGACAUCCACCUGAAAGAAAUAGCAGGAUGAGUAGCAUGCUAUUCUCAUGCUUAAGUUCAAGGACAGAAUACUCCUGGAGAGAAAAGAGCAUCAAAGGGAAUUUCCAUUUACGCUCUUAACUCGGGUCGGAAUUCCCCCAGAGCAUCUCAUAGAAGUAGUGUUGAUCUAGCAUCAGGUUCCCCCUGUCCAUGUAGUAAUCUUUUACAUUAGGAUAUAAAAGGCUAAACUGAUCCUGUCAGCAUUCCUAUCCUGAGGACGCUUUGUGAAGGGCGGUUUAUCAUUGAUGUUUUUAGUAUAAAUUGAGUUUAUUCCAAUGGCAGCUUUAAAGCUGAAUUGUGUGUACAUCAGAAAUUCAAGAAAACCAAAUAAAUCACUAAAAUGUUUUAUUGACCGUUGUGCUGUUUUCUGUCUAGGUGGUGGAGGAGCUCCUAUCUAAGGCUGGCAUGAUCGGGCAGGAGACCGCCAAGGCCAUCGCAGACGCUGCCAUGCUGGAAGUGGCAGGCACUACAAGGGGCAAAAUGGUAAUGAUGUUUAUCACUAACACACCUUUAUUGUACUACAGAUCAAAUAGGUAAUGAAGUAGGUAUAUGAGUAAGAUAUGUUGAUAGCAUGAUUCAUUAGUGAACCACACCUUAUUUUGAAGUGCAAAGUACUGUUCUACUGUGUACUGCUUGGUGUCGUGCCUAAGAACAGCCCUUAGCCAUGUGUUAUUCGUGACAGCACACAAGUAUGCCUUAUUGCUUAAAUUGGGUUACUUUGUUUUUCAGGAACCUGAUGAAUUCUAUGAAGGAAUCACUUUUGAACAUUUUCUACAGGUAUGGUGUUACUGUGUAUUUCACAAGAUACUCAAAUUGGCUAAUGUUACAAAAAAAAAAGGAAAUGCCAUUUCACUGUGAGUUAUGCAAACGCAAGCUAUUAAAACAGUGACAUUUGGUGUCUUUAAAUUCUGCUAUACUUUAUACUGUAUACUUUAUAGAUGGUAUACUUUAAAUACUGUAUACUUUAUAUACUGUAUACUUUAUACUGUAUACUUUAUAUACGGUAUACUUUAUAUACGGUAUACUUUAUAUACUGUAUACUGUAUACUUUAUAAUAUAUACUUUAUAUACUUUAUAUACUGUAUACUUUAUACUUUAUACUGCCAUAUCAGUCUUAUAUUCCUUUUCUCCCCUCAGAUUCUAAAAACCUUUGAUAUUGAGACGAGGAUGCACGUUCGCUUUUUAAACAUGGACACUGCAACCUUGAGAUGUGGAAAAUCAAAAUGAGUCUCGGUCUCCUUUAAGAGACAUCGUUAUGGCACUGCUGUUUUUGUAGAAUGAAUCUCUCUGGUCAUCCUCUGUAAUGAAGCCAAAUACUUUCAUAUGCACUAAUGUUUAAAUACCAUUCAUAUGCACUAAUGUUUUCAUACUUUCAAUGAUUCAUGGGAAAUGAUUAUCCGAAUAAUACAUUGUGAUACAUGACAUGUAAAUGCACAAUAUUGCCUACAUAUACCCCCCUCAUCCCUUCAUACCCCCUUCUCCCUUCAUACCCCCCUUCUCCCUUCAUACCCCACUUCUCCCUUCCUACCCC